AUGGGUGCUGGGCGUAGGUACUACGAGAUGGAUCAGAUCAUAAGCUCCAGGCUUAUGCGAAGCCGAGGUAGGACAAGGAGCAGCAACAACUUGAGUCAUGUCCCCCGCUCUGAUUUGGGAGCUCCGAUCCAAAUCCCAUAUUACGGUGAACCUUCCUGCCAUCGAGUGCAGCCGGGGGGCGCAGUCUUGGUAGCAAACCUCUCUACUGGCAAGGUGGUUGGCUGCAGUAAGAACGUGGAUCGCAUCAUCAACCGGGCUGUCAAUGACAUUCUCGGGAAAACUUGGUCCGAGCUAAUCUUGGACUCGAAUCUGCCCUGGCCGGAGUUGCAAGCGAAGAAAGACUCGAUGUCUACAGGCACCUUCAACGUGACUUUCAAGGGCGGCGUGGAAUCGUACAUUCACUUCGUGUACGAGAACGACCACGUCAUCCUUGACAUCGAGCCCCGAGAAGAAGAGUCUCCGAUUGAGUUGACGAUCAGCUUUCGGGAAACCAUUGAAAACGUGUUCGCCGAGCGCGAUCUCAAGAGCCUCUACAGCACUGUUGUCUCAACGAUGCGUUCUAUCUUGGGCUACGAGCGCAUUGUGCUGUACAAACUCUCUACCUCUGAAAGUGAGUAUGGUUUCCUCAUCCCUGUCGCAGAGGACAAGGCUUCGUCCGUCCAAGACUCCACGUUCCUGUUCCAGAGUGCCAGCAAGCAGUUGCUCCAAGUGUGCGGCUUUAAGAAUCUCUGCAUCGAUCGUGAUCUCAACGCUGACUACGAGCCCAUGUGCUUCGUGAAGGAAGCCCUGGGCCCAUUGAGCAAAUCGCAGAUUUCUAUCCUCAAGUCUAGCUACCUGGCAACUGAUCCUUUCACCAAGGAAUAUUUCCUCUCGAUGGGCAUCAGGUCGUUCUUUGUGAUGUCCAUCAGGACCAAGAGAGUUGGGGAUUGGGGCCUCAUGAUCGGAUAUAACUAUUCGCAACCUAAGCACAUGUCGAUCAAUGACCGAGUUGUGUGCGACUUCGUGAGCCAGGCUUUCUUCUCCAAGCUGGACUCCUUGAUGGAGGUGAAGCGGCAGGCAAGGUUGUCAAAGCUACUCAACAUCCAUGGAGAUUUGCUGGACUUGAUGCAGAACCUUGAAGGAGUGGACACGCUCAAGGGGCUGGUGGCAUCUCAGGAGACUUCCCUCCUCUCCGUGGUCCCCCACACCUCAGGAGGAGCUGUUGUCAUGCCAAGCGGCGAGGUCCACACCAUCGGAAGGACUCCGGAUGUGAACUUCAUCAAGGCGCUCGUGGAUGAGAUUUACAGCGACAGUGACAGGAAGCUUUCGAGCAGCAGGGAUGUGCGCGACAUCAUUUCGGGGUAUGAUUGUGAUCCCUUGUGCGCAUGUGGAAUGCUCUGCCUUCCCCUCAAGAUGGGAGGCGAGCUGCUCUGGUUUAGACAGAUCGAGCAUGACAAGUCCGCUGAGGCGGGCUGCCGUGACUGGUCUCAGAGCGACCUGGAGGAUGUGCAGGAUCUCGGGAAGUUUGUCAACGACAUCUUGUCGUGGGCAACAGGGCAAGAGUUGACCCAAGACAUGAGCAUGAGAAUUCAUGAGCAGCGGGUGAAGAGCAGAACUGAAAGCUUUCGUAUGGCUACAGAGCUGUCUAACAUCAUCUCCGCUGCGAAUGCUCCAAUCUUCAGCAUAGAUCGUUCGGGUGUGAUCAUUCAGUGGAACGCCAAGAUGGAACAACUCUCCUCGUUGCGAAAGGAAGAAGCAUGUGGAAAGGAGCUGAAGGAGUUCUGCCCUGCGUCGUUCCGAACUGUGUUGUCAAGCAUCCUAGACGAUACCAAUGCAGGAAUUGAUACAGACCCUUUUCAUCUUGAGAUGUUCAGCAACAAGCAGAAGUCAGAGACCGUUCACCUCCUCCUGAACGCAAACGUGCUCAAGAAAGUCUGCGGCUUUGCAGCGUCUGUCACGUUUGUUGGUCAAGACAUCACCGAGUCAGUGAUUGUUCUUGAGAGAUGCAAGUCGGUAGCGGCUGAGUAUGAGAGGUUGAUCGCACAGUGUGCCGUCCCUGUGUUCUGCUGCACGAACGAUGGCAAAGUGAAUGAGUGGAACUCGAAGAUGGCGGAGAUUACCAUGUUGAAGCGCGAGGAAGUGAUCGGCAAGAGCCUUGUCGGGGAAAUAUUUGGCAACGACCUGGAAGUUUUCUCCAACGAGAUGUGUCAAAAGCUCAACGAGCAACGAGUGAAUGCGAUGAAAUUUUGUGAAGUCGCUUGCAUCGACGUCAUCUUCAAGAAGCGAAACAAGGGGGUUGUGAACCUGCUGGUCAGCGCCGGAGCUCGUCGCACCACCAACGACACAGUCGAGGGAGUGGUCUUCUUCGCGCAAGACGUGACCACGAGGCAAGAGAAGGAGCUCAUGAAGAAGAUCAAGUUGGCAGAAGAGGCGGCCAAUGAGGCAAAGAUGGAGCAGCUGCAGUUCCUGUGCCAUGAGAUCAGAAACCCUCUGAAUGGCAUCAUGGGCAACAUCUCCUUCUUACAAGACACGGACAUCGAUGACGAGCAGUUCGCGCUGGUGGAAGGGACGUGGGAGAGAGCGAACCAGCUGCGGAAGAUCAUCGAUGACAUCUUGGACAUCGCGAAGAUCAACAUGGGAGGAGUAGAGCUUGAAGAGCUGACGUUUGACCUGCGCCUUCUCUUCGAAGCGCUUGGCUCACAUUUCUCCGAGGAGAGCGACACCGUCUCCAUCGACACCUCGAAGCUCCAGUUCUUCAACGUGGUCGGCGAUCCCUUCCGCAUCCAGCAGGUCUUGACCAAGAUCAUCUCCCACUCUCUCAAUCACGAAGAGAUCGAGAAAAUUCGUGUGGAGGCCAGGACUGGCUCCGAGACGUUUGUGGACAGCAAGGGCCGCGUCUGCUUCAACUGCAGCAUGUUGGUCAUUGACGAUGGCCCUGGUAUGGACUCGGAGCAGCUGAAGAUGAUCUUUGGCAAUCACAAUAACUCGAACAACCUCGUGGACGGAGAUGUGGAGCUUCUUAAGGACGGAGCUCUGGGGUUGAGCGUUUGCAAAAAGCUCGCGCUCCUGAUGGGAGGUGACAUUCAGUGCGAGUCUGAAGUUGGGAAGGGUACAACAUUCAACUUCCAGCUUCCUUUGCGGGUCAGCAAUGUGAACGAAGACGAUGUCCACGACUUCUUCUCAUCGCUCCGAAACAGCAAGGGAAGGCCUAGAGGUCGACCCUCUCAGCGUUUGCCCAGGAACAGCUCUGCAACCAACUUGACAUCGACGGACAGCAACUCCCCCAUUCGCCCGAUCUCCCCGAGGAGGGGCAAGGUCACCUCACAGUCCACCCCGCUCCUCCUCACCAGCAAGAUUGAGUCGGACGCUGAGCCUGCUGUUGUUGAGCAGCCCAAGAAGGCUCCAGUCACAGAGCUCGAGCUCAAGCGGCAUCAGAAGAGCCUCUCUCCUCCUCGGCGUCUCGACGAGGAGACUAGCCCACGGAGAGGGGAACGUCAGAGUGGGACGUCGAGGGCGUUGCUGAGGGGAAGUGGAACUUCACUGUAG